AUGGGCAUACAUCUGGUGGCUGUGACUUACUUGGCGUUAGACUGCCACGUCGCCUGUACGUUCAUAGAGCAAGGUGGCGUGAGGAACGGCCAGGAGCGCAGAUGGCCUGAGUGGAACAGCGUUAAUACCAUAGCUUAUCCACUGUCAGGCAACAUGGUGGAGUGGUGUUUACCCCAAGAUAUUGAUUUAGAAGGUGUGGAAUUCAAAUCCAUGGCAAGUGGGUCCCACAAAAUCCAGUCAGAUUUCAUUUAUUUCCGGAAGGGGCUCUGUUUUGGCCUGGCCUGCUUUGCCAACAUGCCUGUGGAGAGUGAGUUAGAGCGUGGUGCCCGCAUGAAGUCCGUGGGGAUUCUCUCCCCUUCCUACACCCUGCUGUAUAGGUACAUGCACUUCCUGGAGAACCAGGUCAGACACCAGCUGGAGAUGCCAGGGCACUACUCCCAUCUAGAGGCGUUCUAUGAUGACAAGAAAGGAGUUCUCCCUGAUAGCAAGGGCACCGCCACCUCUCAGCAACCUGUCCACUGGCUGCCAUCCAUCCACAGAUACAUGUACCCAGAGAUGAAGAUCACACACCCUGCUGGCUGUAUGUCUCAGUUCAUCAAAUUCUUCGGUGAGCAGAUCCUUGUCCUCUGGAAGUUUGCCCUGCUGCGCAAGCGCAUAUUGAUAUUUUCACCGCCCCCAGUUGGAGUUGUCUGCUAUAGAGUGUAUUGCUGCUGUUGCCUUGCCAAUGUUUCUCUCCCUGGUCUUGGAGGAACUGUCCCAGAGUCCAAACCGUUCUUCUAUGUGAAUGUGGCAGACAUAGAAAUGCUGGAGACAGAAGUAUCAUAUGUGGCCUGUACAACAGAAAAGAUCUUUGAGGAGAAACGGGAUCUCUAUGACGUGUAUGUGGACAACCAGAAUGUGAAGACGCACCAUGAGCAUCUGCAACCACUCCUGAAAAUUAACAAUGCUGACAAGGAGAAGUACCGACGGCUCAAUGACCAGAGGCAGAUGUUAAUGUAUUCUCAAGAAGUUGGCGAGGAUUGUAGCUCCUGUGAAGAGGACCUUUUCAUCUUGUUUUUCAUGGAGCAGAACAACCGCAUAUUUCAGACGCUGAUGGAGGUGUCAGCCAGCCAGGACAAGACACUGACAGCUGACCACGCACGAGGCAUGGGCCUGGAUCCCCAAGGGGAUCGAAGUUUCCUUAUGGACCUACUGGAAGUGUAUGGCAUUGAUGUUAUGCUAGUCAUUGACAACCCCUGCUGCACUUAAACCAAGGGCAAGAGAGAUGGGGAGCAAAGAUCAUUUUUUAAAGACUACCAGACAUUGCUUAGGAGGAUCACUGGAACUCACCACAGCCACUGGACAGAUCUCAUUUUAUUUAAUAACUUUAUAUGGAGAGUAUUUAUAAUUUUAAAACAAAAUGUGAUUUUAUUUUCUCCCCCUCAUCUUCCCAAUGAGUACCUGCUCCAGGUUUGGGGUUUUUUGUUUGGUUUUGUCUCCCUUUCUCUUUCAUUUGUGUUUUUUUGUCUUGUUUAGAUAGGACCAGUGGCACCUUUGCACCAAUCCUCACUGUUGCCAGUGAUAGCUAGGUUUUGGCCUAGCCUGGAUACCUGAGGGCUGAAGACUUCAGGAAAGCACUUUGUCUGAUGGGGACCAAUGUGAAAUGCUGUAGCUGAGCCCUCAAGACUUGACUGGAAAAACCCUCCUAUUAUCCCCUCUUCCACUUGGGGACUGAAGAGAGCUUCAGCACAGGCUGUUAGUGGCCCAGUCUCAUAAAACAUCUGUCCUACCAUGUUUAUUGGUGGGGACAGUUAAACCAAUGAUAAAAAACCAGGACUCCUUUAAACACCCCUCACCCAAUUUUAGGAGCUGAGUUGGAAUAAAGCCACCCUUCCUCAUCAAUGGCAGAAACAAGUUUGGGACAAGGGGGUGCUACAGAAUCUUAAUACUUUGCUUACCAGAGCAGCAUGGUUUCACUUCCAGCAUUUGAGGUGGCAUAAACUGGCAAAGACUACUUAUCUCAUAGCUGGAGAAGAGCACCAUCUCUACUUAAUCCCUCCUACCACUUCCUCUGGCUUUCAGUUGCAUCACACCUGCUGCUUUGGUUUAAAAAUCUUCAAACCAGCAAGAUGGUCUCCCAUUUAACAGGGACCAACAUCACUGAGCCACCUUGCAGUCACCAUGUUCUCCAGCCUCAGCUCAGAUGGUGCUGGACCAGAUUGGGUUGAAUAAGUACGCUUUAAUGUCACUAGGCCUUCCUUUGUAGCAGAUGGUACUUGUCACUCCUUUGCUUUAACAAUGUCUGCUGAUCCUCCUUUUGUCACACAGCCUUCAGCACUGUCUGCUGCUGUCCUUGGCUUUCAGUGUGAGACAGAGCAGUAUGGGACCUUCUGGCUGGAAUGACUUCGCAGUUUGCAGGAGGUUCCCUUGGAGUUUGGUGUUCUUAACUGGCACAGCUGCUAGAAGCAAUGUCUAACAGCAAGCCUUUUUUUCCUGGGCAGAGAAGCUGUAGAACCAGAUGAACAGUGUCUUAUUCUUGUGCUGUGGAAAGAACAGGAUUCAGUUUAUGCAGGACCAGUGGCUACCUCCAGGAAGGCUAUCCCAGUAAAGAGUAAUCCGUUCACCAUGUGAAAUCAAAGAAUGGUGCUGUAGGUUCUAGGUGUGACUGCUUUGCCCCAAAUCCUUCAGCCAGUAGUAGCAUCAGCUUUAAGCUAACUGUUCUUCCUGAACUGUGGCUAUAGCUAAUUAGCUGCUGCUUCUACCGUAAUAGACUUUAGCACCCUUGGAGCCUUUCUGCAGUUUGUAGAAAUGCAAACUGUAGCUGAUGUAUCCAUUUAUCCUAGCAUUUUAUAGGAUGAGGCAGAGCCUGAACCACCGAAGUCUCACCCACUAAUUCUUUUUAAAACAGGUGAUGCAAAUGUGCUCCAAGUAGAUCCUCUGUGGAUUGUCUCCAUCUGGAAGGAAGCAAGCUGGCAUGUCCUGUUUCUCCUUGAAGGCUAUGUAGUUUUGCUUGCUGUGGUUUCAGAGGUUUUAGUGAGGUGUGGGGAUCAGGGGCCUCACAAGGCUUAUUGCACAGUUCAUUAGUACAGGCUUCAGCAUAUUAUGUUCCUGUGAUCUGCUUCUCUCUGAGCAGCCACUCCCCUGCCUGCUUUUUCAGGGCUUUGAAUGUUUUUGUACAGCAGAAAACAUGCUGCUGCUUGUAUUACCAGUUGCUCACAACUGUAAUGUAAUCAUCCUUAGAAGGCUGGGGAAAAAAAUGGGGAAAGAGGAAAAAACAGAGCUGAAUAUCAUUUAAUGGGAAGAAAAGGCUUU